AUGGGUGCUUUGCGCAAAAUCAAGAAUAAGCGUCGCACAAGAGACUACGACCAGGUCAUCGCCGAUAUCAAAUCGCCCCGUCACCUCGAGAUUUACAAGGAGACCAAGGAUGUAGAAGACCUCCCUGGUCUGGGACAGCAUUUCUGCAUGGAAUGCUCCAAGUGGUUUGAAAGUGAAUACAACUUGAAGGCGCACACCAAGGGCAAGAACCACAAGCGGAGAGUCCGCAUCUUGAAAGAAGAGCCUCACUCCCAAAAGAUCGCCGAGGCUGUCAUCGGCCUGGGCGUCGAUAACGGCAAGCGGCCUCAAAAAGACACAGAGAUGGAGAUCUGA